AUGCAUUUGAAGAAGGGGAAGAGGAGUAUCAGCACUGUAUGGCGACUUUUAUGGAAACGCUUUUAUUCCGUAAACUCUAAGACGAAUAUGCACUUUUCUCGAAGUAGAAAGAAACCAGUAACAAACUUCACAAGAGCAAACGGGCUUCUUCUGAGCUGCAACGGCGAUACAUUCCCAUAUCUGCGUACCUUGUGGAGAUAUUUCAAUGCACCUGGAAAUUUAAUGUUUGUCACCACUAAUAUUGUCACAUUCAUGGGAAUUGUUACAUAUAAUACGCUGGUUACCAUCAGCAAUGAAAGGGCAUUCGAAGAGCAGAUGAUGGCGGCACAGGUAAGUCUAGCGAAACAGAGAGAAGACCUCGAGACUAGGGCUCUCAGUUUGCCCCGAGAUAUUGAACUGGGAGGUCAAGAAGAUGAUAUAAAGUGGAAGCAGCCGGCGGUAGGGCAUGCCGAAGAAGAUCCGUUAGUCGAGGAGCAGAACGAAGAAUUGGACUCUCCUAUAAAACAGUAUACUUUAGGAGGCCUGAUUUUGAACAAGAAGGCAAAUGUCGCGGAUUAUGAUUCGCAACGUGCGAAGGCAUCCAUAUUCCACAUGCUAUAUGCUUAUAUGCUAUACCGAGAUACUAUUCAACCAAAGACCGACACUCAAAAUCACAGCAGCGACGAGUGGCGCCAUGAAGUCGAGCUUUUGGCUAAGGGAAAACAGGUACAAGGUACUCAUCAGAGGAUAGAUGUGUUCUACGAUCUAUGGAACAAAAACUUCGAUAAAAUCGUGACAUCACCUGAGAAAGUACAGAAUUUCCAACUGCCGAACUGGUCCCAAUACCCAACCAUAUUGAAAUUCAUAUGCUCCGAACUUCACGACAACAAUUUGAAGACCUUAGGUGAGUUCAAGCAAUUCUAUGGAAAGGUACGAUCGAAAGAGGUAAAAAAAUUGUUGGGCCUUUGGCUUUACGACCAUUCCUUCCUUUUCCCCCACAAUAUCUACGACAACAAAAAUGAAGAAGAUUUCUACGAUACACUGAUUAAUGAUUCCAUGCAAGAUAACAAGAUAUUCCAGAAAUACUCUUCUAUCGUAAUGAAUCCCUACAAUGAACGUACUCAGCUUUUUUUCCCUAAUAUAAAUACUCCAUCUGUCAACAAGCCAGUACCGAGCAUAUCUCUGGAAACGUAUACACAACUGCUCAAGGGGUACAUCAAUCUGCAAGAAACAGACUGCAAAUACGACUAUAACGACAAUAUAUUCAAACUAAUCAGCAUCCUCAAACUAAAUUGUGUCCUACAACGCAACAAGAAGAAACACGCGGGACCCAGUGUCAGAAUCCUAUUGCCAAGGGAUGAAGACCGCUCCCAAAUACUCGGCACCAUUUCGCAGGCGGAAAAGAGAACCUGCUAUCAGAUCUUAAGUAAGAAUAGGGACGUGAUUCGGCUUCUGAAACGCAUUUCAGACAUCCAAGCAGGCUCUUCUUAG